AUGCUACCAAAAAGCAAGAAUCAAGAAACAUACUCUCACUGCUUCCAAAAUCUACAGCUCAAACUGAACAAAUUGACGAGUCUUGAGCCUUUUCAAGCUGAACCAGAAGAAUAUGGGGACAACCUCUUGAAUGCCGAGGAAAAGCAGGCACAGAACUGCGUGCUGCAGGAAGACCUUGAAUGGCUUUCAGAUCAGUUGUAUGAUGCUAAGGAUGUGGUGGAUGAAGUGGAGUGUGAAUUGGAGAAACCAUCGAACAAAGAAUUGAAGAAUAAGCGUGAGGUUUGGAGCGAUAAUUUGAGGGAGAUGAUGAUAAAUCACACCUGCGUUGGUGCUUCAGAAGUUUUCGGGAGAGACGGUGAUAUGGAAAAAAUUAUAAACUUUUUGAAGCAACCAAAAAAUGAAGGUGAAAAGGUCUCUGUCAUCACCAUAGUUGGAGGUGGAGGUAUUGGAAAAACCACUCUAGCCAAAUUGAUGUAUAGUGACAAAACGGUGGACGAACUCUUUGAUCUAAAGAUGUGGGUAAGUGUACCUGAGGACUUUGAUAUAAUUACUUUGAUGAAAGAAACUUGUACUUCUGCAACUGGUCAAAAUCAAGCUGGAUUAGCCGUCAAUGAGUUAGAAGAUCGCUUGCUGGAUGAAUUGGAUGGUAAGAAAUUUUUGUUAGUCUUGGAUGAUGUGUGGAAUGAAAAUUAUGAUAAAUGGGACAAAUUCAAAAACUUAUUGACGCAGAAACCCAAUGGGAGCAAAAUUGUGGUAACUACUCGUAUUAAUCAAGUCGCGAAAGUAAUGGGCGCGGUUGACAUGUCUGUUUUAGAAGGCCUUUCCCAAAAAGAUUCUAUGUUGUUGUUUAAGAAAUGGGCGGCUUUUACAAAUGAAAACAACCAGAUAAAGACCUCAUUAAAAUUGGGGUUGAAAUUGUGGGAAAAUGUGAUGCAUGACUUUGUACAUGAUCUUGUCCUCAAAGUAGCACAAACAGAUUGCGAAGUGGUUGAUCUCAGAUUCCAAGGAAGAAAAAGAAAUGCUCGACAUUUGUCAUUUCUCGACAUUAAGUAUUCUGGUCAAGAAGUUCCAUCUAUUUCGAAGAAAUUGCGGACGAUCAUCAUGCAAAGUGUACUAUCUGAGCAUGUUACUACGGCCUUCCUUAAUACAUGGAUCCUCAGGUUGUCAUGCUUCAGUGGUCUACAAUUUGAAGCGUUGCCAGAUUCCAUUGGUGAAUUGAAACAUUUGAGAUGUCUAUACUUAUCUUGGAAUUUAAGUUUGCAGGAAAUUCCUGAGCUUAUUUCUAAACUUCCGAAUUUACAAACCUUAAUACUUCUUGGUUGUUCAAAUCUUCAGAAGUUACCUCGCAAUAUGCAGAAGAUGACCAGUAUUAGAUAUUUGGAAAUAACUAUAAAAGAGAUUGGAGAAUGGAUGCAAAGUUUCACCGGCCUCCGAAAAUUGGGUUUGGAAGGUUGUGAUAGCUCGAACUCAUUGCCAUACAAUAUAAAAGAUCUGAAAGGAUUGAAGAAGCUCGUGAUACGCAGUUGUCCGAAGAUUAAUCUGAAGAUGGAUUUGAAAGGCGAAGACCCCAACUUGAGCAAGAUGGACUUGCAAAGCGGCGACUCCAACUACUGGACUGACACUCUGACACUCUAG